AACCCUGCUUAAACCCAAAGACCUAAUCAUUUAUGAGCUUCUAGAGAGCGAGAGAAGCCACAUCGUAUUUGCAACGAUGAGAAGAGUAAACCAACUAGCCACCCUGAGCAGAGCCUUUUCCGGCGCGGCCUCUCAUCAGCGGUUGGUUCAAGGAGCAGCAAUGAUAAGCACAUACGCAGCUUCAAAUUCUCAGUGUUUCGCAUCAAGAAUCGCUGAAAGUUUUAGGAUAUCAAAUCCCUCCGUCGCACGCGGUGUUACUGGGACUAUGUUUUUCUCUGUUGCGGCUUCCUCUUUGGCCCAAGAGGCUCAAGCUAAGGAAGCGCCGCCGGUGGAGAAUUUGAUGCCGAAGGACGUCGUUCUUUACCAGUACGAAGCUUGCCCUUUCUGCAACAAGGUGAAAGCGUUUUUGGAUUACUACAAUAUACCAUACAAAGUUGUGGAAGUCAACCCCAUCAACAAAAAGGAGAUCAAGUGGUCUGAUUACAAAAAGGUGCCUAUACUGAAAAUUGAUGGAGAACAGAUGGUUGAUUCUUCAGAUAUAGUAGAUAAAUUGUUUCAAAGGAUACAUCCAGACAAUUCUGUCACAGACAGUGAUGAAGAAAGGCAAUGGCGUGGGUGGGUGGACAAUCACUUGGUGCAUGUUUUGUCACCAAACAUAUAUCGAUCGGUUUCUGAAGCGCUUGAAUCAUUUGACUAUAUCACCACCCAUGGCAAUUUCAGCCUCACGGAGAGGUUGGUAGCCAAGUAUGCUGGUGCUACAGCAAUGUACUUUGUGUCAAAGAAGCUGAAGAAGAGACAUAACAUUACUGAUGAACGUGCAGCCUUGUAUGGUGCUGCGGAGACAUGGGUGGAUGCUUUGAAAGGUCGCCAAUAUCUUGGUGGCUUAAAACCUAACCUAGCUGAUCUUGCUGUCUUUGGCGUCCUAAGUCCCAUCCGAUACUUGAAGUCUGGUAAAGAUAUGGUGGAGCAUACCCGUAUCGGUGAGUGGUACUCUCGAAUGGAAAAUGCAGUUGGCGAGCCUAGUAGAAUAAAGGCAUAGCAGAUGGUUGGUUUUAUUCAUUGAAUGAAUGAUGUUCGACCUUGGGGGCGCAGAUAGAAGUUAAAUGAGAUAAAAUAAUACACAAAGAAUUGGUUUUACUGCUAGUUAAAAAACUGCAGAUCUUGAACCGUAUCAUUAUGUUAUGGAUAUGGGAAAAUAAAUUUGCCACUCUCGGUGAUCAUCGUCGUGGUAGUUCCCUUAACAUUCACCCAUCAAGCCUGCCUUUCUUUUUGGUGCUUUUAACUAAGCAAGAGGCAUAUACUAUCAUGGAGGAACUAUUUUGUUUCAUUCAAAAAACCUAAGCCUUGUAACGAUUUUACUAUUGAAGAUGCACUACUUACUCUCUUA